AAUAGCGGUAUAUAGGGUUCGUAGCUUUUCGACUGUGUCACAAUUGGACAUCUCUGGCAUCCCAUUACCACCUGACUUAUAUCUCCAUUACACGAUCCAAAAUGCGCUCGAUCGGUUUCGCCGCUACUAUUGCUGCUCUAUCGGCUACUGGAGCAACCAAAGACAUAUAUGUCUCGCCAAUAGGCCAAGGAACAGGAACCUCUACCGCGCCUUUUGGCUCAAUCCAGUCGGCUGUCAAUGCCGCUGCGCCUGGCGAUGUGAUUCUUCUUCGCGCUGGUACAUACAAACCCACGACCAACAUCCAGAUCACGAAGAGCGGCACAAGGACUCAGCCCAUCACCUUUCGUUCCUUCGAGAAAGAGAAGGUCAUCAUCGAUGGCGAAGGCAUGCCCGGAACGCCAUACGGUCUGGACGAGUCUCUGCCAAACAAAGAACGCGGUGCUCUACACAUUGAGAAUGCAAACUACUGGAAGUUCUAUAAUUUGGAAAUUAUCAACGGCCCAUACGGCGUGUACGCCCGCGACGCGUCGCACAACCACUACGAACUCCUAAUCACCCACGACAACUACGAGACAGGCUUCCAACUCCAAGGCGCCUCCUCCAACAACACCGUCUUGUACCUCGACUCCUACCGCAACCGCGACCCGCGCAAGAACGGCGAGUCCGCCGACGGCUUCGCCUGCAAAGAAGGCUCAGGCGAAGGAAACGUCCUGCGCAACGCGCGCUUAUGGGACAACGUGGAUGAUGGCCUCGACCUCUUUAUGUUCGGCUCGUCUGUUACACUGGAAGAGGUAUACGCUUGGGGCAAUGGGUUCAACCGCUGGGGCUUCAGCUCUUUCGAGGGUGACGGCAACGGCUUCAAGUUGGGUAUUACGAAUAAUCCACCCGCCAACCACAUCGUGCGUAACUGCAUGGCCUUCUCCAACGCGAAGAAGGGCUUCAUCGACAAUGGGAACCCUGGUAGUCUGACGGUUGAGCGCAAUACCGCGUGGAACAAUGGCGACGUGGGCUUCAACUUCCGCAGCUCCAGCUCUACCAUGAAGAACAAUAUUGCUGUUUCGAACGUAGGCAGCUCGCAGGUUAGCCUCACUGCGUCGGGUAUCAAGGCUACGGGUAAUUCGUGGCAGUCGGGCAGCUGGUCAGAUUCAAGUUUCGCUAGUGUCGAUCCUGCGACGCUGAAGAAGGCGCGUGCUGCUGAUGGGAGGGUUCCAAAGAGUGACUUUCUCGUGCCGAAGAGUGGCGCUGCUAUUGGUGCGACUACGCAGUCUGAUGUCUAAUGUUCCGUCUGCGCACUGGAGGUCGUGCUCGUUGCGAUGUAUUCUCUUCUUGUCGAUAUUUGGUGCCAUCGGCUUGUAUAUAUGUUUCUUUCCUAAUUGAAAAGAAC